AUGUCUAAUUCAACAGGCCCAAAGGAAAGCACCGAGGGUGGGCAGGCCUGGUACAAAUGUGACCCCCCAAUGGUCUUGGGCAACGAUCGAAAAGGUGAGGCGCCCAUCUACCGGGCCAGCGACUCGACACUGCACUGGGUCGACUGUCUUGCUGAGCCGGCCGAGCUUCAUAUCCUCAAGGUCGACCCAGUGACUGGCGACGCACAGGGUCGAGCGCGUGUAUUGAAACUGGAGGACAGCGUCACGGUGGCUUUUUUCCGUCGCAAUCGGCCCGGCUACAUCUGUGCAUAUUAUCAAGGUGUUGCCUUCAUGGAUGAAGAGACUGGCAAGCUGGAGGUGGUGAAGGAAAUCAUCCCGACGGCCGACAGAGACCUCUUCCGUUUCAACGAUGGAGGCGUAGACGCCAAGGGCAGGUUCUGGCUGGCGGAAAUUGACAGAAAAGCAUUUACAUAUGGGGCCAACAAGCUGCCUGCGGACUAUGGCGAGCCCAAAGGUCGGCUGUGGAGGUAUGAUCCUGAUGGGAGCCUGCAUGAAAUGGAAAGCGGCAUCAUCUGUGGUAAUGGUCUGGCAUGGGCGCCUGACAACAAGACCAUGUAUUUCAAUGACAGCGUCGCGAUGAAGGUGUUUGCGUAUGACUUUGAUCUUGAGUCUGGGAGUAUCUCAAACAAGAGGCUGUUCAUUGAUCGGCGGAGCAGUUACGGGGAGCCCGAUGGCAUGGUUGUCGAUACCAAGGGCAACCUCUGGAUCGCAGUCUUCGCCAGCUACAGGGUCAUGGUUUUCAGCCCAUCAGGGGAGCAUCUUAAGGAUGUCGUAUUUUCCGCCAACAACAUGGCGUGUACGACAUGGGGCGGCAAGAAUCACGAUAUAAUAUUCGUGGCGACUGGAAAGGAUCGAAGCCCACAUGCGAAAGCCGACGAUGAAGGAGGCCAUAUGUUCCGAUAUAAGCCCUCUCCGGAAUUCACGGGUGCACCCAAGUUUGAAUUCGAUGGUUAG